GAUUAGUGUUGAGUUGUGAGUUGUCGGAGACAGAGUAGCAAACGUUCGUAGUGGGUAUUGAAUGGACUUGUACCGUUUGUCGUCGUCGCCGCCGCCGUCUUCAUCGUCGUCGUCUCAAGAGAGGAAACGCGUUACGCGGUCAAAUAGUUCGGUUUUAAUUCGUCGUCCCUUCAUUUUGAAAUGCAAUUUUAGUGAACUGAGCGAGGAAUUACGGUAGAAGUGUUUGAAAUUUGUGAUUUGCAACAUUUUAAGUGACAACAAUAAAGGGGAAACUAGUGAAAACAGGUGAAAAAUAUACAGUUUCUUCCCUAGUGCUGGAAGAUUUCAGAAUCUGUGGAGCUCUGUUGCAGAGCUGGGUCAUUGGAAGAGAAGUGUGUGUUUUUACAAAGGUGAAACAAUCGUAAGAAUAUAUUGGAAAGAAUAUCUAUUUGUGCAUCUGAAGAAGGUUGGAAGUCGAUUUCCGUUCGCAAUUAUUGUUCUGCAAAAAGUGUUGGUGUGUAGACGCGAGCGUGUGUGUAAAUCGUGCAGAUUAGUGCAAAACAUUCUUGGAUCCAGCAGCGGCUCACUCGUUCGUUAGCCGAAGUCGCGAAGGUCUCCUGCGGUGUUGGCACGAUCGGAGCAAACCGAAAAAUAGUAUCUUCAUUGACAACACAAUAUUGUGGUGCAACAGCAGCAGCAGAAGCAGCAGAGGAGUAGCAACAAAUACGGCUAGCUGCUAAUCAUACUGCGUUGAAUAUCGCAGUCCAUCAUCGACCAACAGCAAUCAGCAAUUGAAUAUUCUCGUCAUUGAAAAUGUUCAUUUUGUAAGCCAAACGGGGCACCCCGAGUUUCAAGUUAACCAACAUCGGUACUCAACGGAAAACGGUCGCAAAAUGCCGGUUUCCGCGAACUGCCAACAGUUCGGAGAGCGCCAAGGACUCCACCACUUCUUCCUUAGCUAAGAAGGUGGACCAGGAGACCUCCAUCGACCGACACGGAUAUUCUACGACCCGGCCCAAACGACCGCAGGCAAUCCCAGACCGGAUUUUCUCCAACGGAACACCGCCGCAACUAAUAGACUGAGUAUUCGCCAUGAAGCCACCAACGGGUGAGGACGCAACCGCACCACCCAAGCCCCAAGUUUCGAUCCCCGGCACCGGAAUGUCCACCGUGGCUUCCACUGCGACGCAAACACAAACACAAACCCAACCACAACCACAGCAGACACCCGGCGGCAACGGCAAUGGAACCAACAGCAGUGCGUCCAACGCAUUCGGAACGGUCAAAUACCGCAUUAAACCGCCAUCUUCGGCGGCUAACGCAGGCUCCUCGACGGCCACCACCGGACCCAACGCCGGCUGUUUCAUAAAGCCUUCGCUGUCGCUAAACUCGCUGCCACCGCAAGCUCCACCCGAGGGAUCGGAGAUGGCACAAAAUAGACUGAGAAUCGAUCGGCCAUACAAUAGCUUAAAGAAAAAGCGCGAUUCGGAGCGAGAACUGUGGCGCCGGUCGUGGGGUAGCGGGCAUAGCCAUAGCUCUUGCAGCCUACAGAGCAGCAUCACGACCGGCAUCGGCAAGGACGACUUCUGGGCGGCACUGCAGACCAACUACAACUUUAUCAUGGACACGAACCUGCUCGACAGCUGCCGGGAAGCGAGGGGCGAAAUCGAAGGCCCGGUUGUGCGAGCCAAGGAGGACCACAUGGACUACUACCGGAGGGCCAUGUACAAACCCUCUCCGAUGCAGACGUUCUACGGUGAUCCGCGACUGUUGCGGCAGUGGAUCAGGGAGAUGGAGAUUCGCAUUUCACGGAUUCCUUCGAUCACGGAAACGAAGAGGUUAAACAGUGAGCAGUUGCUGAGGCUCUCUGGAGAACAUUCGGAAAUCUACCGUGAGAUAGAGUCCAACUCACGCGCCGUUGCAGCCUGCGUACGUGCCUACGAGAGAAAAGCGGCCAAAGCCAGCAGAUUUUCCGGAAACAUCUCCGGCGUGACCAGUGUAGGUUCGUCAACCCUCAAUACCACCGCCUCAGACCUUGGGGGACCCCCGUCCGGAUCCGGCUCGCUAACACCCGAGGUUGAGGCCCAGCCGGGAACGUCCGUCGCAUACUACAGCGGCAAGCUCAGCAACAAAGCCAAGGAGAACAGUGUCAUAAAAGGACUCGAGAGGCGCUACUAUCUACUGUAUUUAAGGGCGUACGAGAUUCGGUGUCUGUUGGAGGGAUUGUUGGACACUAAAACCUCGAGCUCUGAUAACAACGCUAGUCUUUCGGAUACGGAUGAAGAGCCAGUCAAUAAGCUAGCGAGACUCAGCUCCAGCGUCAAAUCCAAAUCAUCCAGUUCGUUGCAGAAUGAGUGCUUGAGUGGCGAAGAAUGGGUUAAAGGCAAGAAGCUCUCAAACGCUGGUUUCGAUGCCGAUUCCGAAGGCAGCGACUGUGAAAUUGUACCGAAAAUUAUCACCUAUCACCACCACCAGCACUCAGCGACGACGACGGCCACAACGAACACACCGUCGACUCCCCCUCCAACAGGCGCGAAUCCAUUGCUUUCGUGCCAAGUGAACCCUAUGAUGGAAGCAGCGGACCUCCAGAACCUAUCGACUAACACACUUACCAACGGAAACAGUACGACAAACUCCCCGGCGACGCUGACGAUCGGAUCCAAGCAUCAGACGUGCGGCAAACUCUCCGGCGAGGACAUCAUCGAUGGCAUUCUUCGGAGUGCCACCGCACAGGACCUGAUCAACAACAACGACAACAGCAGCAGUAGCAACAAUGAAAACUCCAACCCCCUGAAAAAAUCCCCUUCGCCGAAGCAUAACGGCGGUGGUAAACAAAAGCGUAGUAAGAUAAGCGAAGCCAAGUUCAAUCGGUCCACCAGGAAGUCGAAAAACUGUGCCACGUUCUACUUCAAGCAUUUAGACACCGAUUCGGAGCUGAACAAGGAUUCGAGCGAGCGAACCAAGUCCGAAGAGUCGUCCAGUUCGUCCGAGGGCGACGAGUGGGUGUACAACAACGGGGAUGACGACCCAGGCGGCGAAAUCAGCCAGGACAGCAGCUCCGGGGGCGAUCAAUCGAAAUCCACCGGAGAGGUGAUUCCACUUGGGGACGAGGACGAAAAGGAGAACAAACCGGGCGAGAGAAAGCAGGAGCACUCGUCGAAGCAGCAGCACUUGACCAUGGCCAUCGGAAAGGAUAUGAAAUCGAAGCGGAGUUUGGACUUUACGCAGGAAUCGCUCGGUGGUAUUACGCUGAGUAGCCGGCCGCUGAUGAUGACUUCAAUCGGGAGCUUUGGCAAGAGUUCCGAUUCGGUGGACAGUAACGGCAAAGGCGUGUCGUUGAAAUCGGCAAAGCAGCACCAGCAGAAGCAGCAAUAUGCAACGAGUCCGACGAUCCAAAGGUUAGUGCUGCAUGCCGAAACGUUGGUACGGGACGAAAUUCUUGCAAAAACACCCAAAACCGUUGUGAAAAAUCCGCAAUAUCUGCAUCACUAUCAUCACCACCAUCACGGUAGUGCCAGUGGGAGCAGUUCCAAUAGCCAUCAUCACCAGCAGCUUUAUCACAAUCUGCAGUCCCCGCAGCUGCAGCAGCAGCACCACCACCACCAUCACCAUUCGUCAACGACGUCGUUGUCAUUGCGCCACCAUCAGGGCACAGUUGGCAUCAGCAGCGUUGGAGGCGGAACAGUCAACAGCGGCAGCGGUCGGAAGGCGGAGAAAGUGAUGAGCAAUCUCAAGAUCAACCGGAUCGAGGAAUGGCUCGAAAAACAACCUCUGGACGUGGCCGCCACUGCACCGAUACUGCCCGGCUCGGCACCCACAACGGAUUGCGAGGCCUCCGGCGAGUACACCGAUUCCGAUUCUAUCGCCCGCGACACGGACAGUUCGGAGGGCCUUGCCAAUUCCGUGGCCACGUGUCUCCAGGGGGAUCAAACCUCGCAGGAGAUGCUCAUCGACAAUGCGUACCCCUCGGAAGUGUCCAUCAUCUCCAACGAUGAGGACAAGAACAACUCCAACUCGAAUCCAUCGCUCGUCAAGCGGCGGGCGAACAAAUCCACCGCCGAACGGCCGUGGUCAGUGUCGUGCAUUUCCCAGUUGAACACGUCCGCCGUGGAGAUCAACCAGUACGGCGAACGGCUCGAAACGCAUUCCAACCAGCGGCUGACGGCGAGCUUUUCCAUUAGCGAGUCCGCCCUGAACACGAUGUCGGCGAUGCGGUCCGGGACGCUGAAGCAAACGACGAGCAGCGGCAACGGAAGCCAGCUGGCAGUCAAGAGCUCGGACAGCAAAGGUUCGCUGAAGAAGCGCAAGCUCCGUGCGAGACGCAAGAAUCGCAUCGACGAGUCGGGUUCGGACGAAUCGCAACCAGCGCAACAGUCGUCGACGUUGCACCUUUUACAGCACUCGUUAAUUCUGCAGCACCAGCAGCAAUUGCUUCAGCAGCAGCAACCCCUAAGAGAAAUUCAACUAUCGGCCGGAAGUAGCAGUGGUAGUGGCGGUCGCCAGCAGCAGCAUCAUCAGCAUCAGUCCAGCAGCCAUCGAGGAGGCGGUCUGCUCAAGUCCGAAUCCUUCUCCGGACGGAUUCGACUGUCGGAUGAUUUGGUCACGCUGUCGUCACUGUCCGGGUCGUCUGGAUCGCGCAAAUCGUCCUCUGCUCGGCAGACGACGAGGUCAACGGCCAUGACGACGAUGAUGGCCACCGUGUCGACGAAGAAAUCCGCUCCGGAUAGCGAAGAGGAACAUCAACAGCAGCAGGCACUGAUGGCGAAGCCAAACUUCAAGAUCGGUUCCGCCACGCGCGCCCGCUGCGGCAGUCUCAAUCUAGGAUCAUUAGCCGCGUUGGCUAAUUAUAAUCUAGAUGGUGUGGAGCGGAGUGAAGCCGACCUCAAUGGAACGGGCACCGGUACCGAGGAGAUGAGUAGCUUCUCGGAGCAGGCGUGGGACAACUACCAGGAGAAAUACAUGAGCGAACCGUACUCGGAAGACCGGGACACGGAUGCCGCUCGCCGUUUGCUGGACUUUGGAGACGAUUAUAGGAAUUUCAUCGAUUCCCAGUCGGACUGUGCAUCCUCAUCGCUUUCGGCGGCCAAUAUGGAUUCGUUGUCGCCACCGCGAUUCCGAAAGAACGAUUCGCUUAGCAAGGGUUCUGAGGCGAACACAAACUCUUUGAAUCGGCGAAGGCGAUUGGAUGAGUACCGGAUGGAUGAUAGAUACAGUCACAAUAUGAACUCGUGGUCCAGCAAAUCGGGCAGCCCCCCACAUCACUCGUUGGACAAAACUUUGACCUCGAGUCGAAGCAAGCACCAUGUGCUGUACGAAAGUCCAGAUCACUCGCCGAGUGGUAGCAGUGGUGCUGCCGGAACCGGUGGAGCCCUCAGUGGAAGCGGCCGCCGUCGGUCGCUGCGCUCGGUGGAUAAACAUAAUUCUUUCCUGCGAUCGUUGUCACACGAGACGAGUUCCAGUUCGAACAACGAGUUCGACGAGGACAUGGAAGCGGAGAUGAAGAAGUUGCUGAUCCAAAGCAAAUUACGAUUGGCCAAUACCGAGGCCUUGAAGGCGAAGUCGCAUCUGCUGAAACCGGAAGACUAUGACGAGAUCAUCAAGACGUGCCGGGAGAACGUGCGCUGCCUGGAAACGGUGCUGCUGUCCCAACCGGGAACGGUGCUAACGGCUGCUAAGUGCCAAGACUUGCGAGAUACCAUCCUCUGCUGGGAGAAGCUGCUGAGCUGGAGCGAGCGGCGACAGAUCACGACCCGAUUCCAGGCGGAGAUCCAAUCGCUGAAGGAUGUUCUGGAGGAUCUGGGCAGCAAGGCGUUCGACUUCUCGUCCGAAGCCCACAUACAGUUGGCCAUCGAUCAGCUGAAGAAUGAACGCAAGGUGCUGCAAAACCAGCGUCCCAAGAUGCUCACCCUCAAUGCCACGGUGCACAACUGGGUCUCGGCCCAGGAACUGCAGCGGAAGGAACUGCUGGACGAUUCGUCGAUCGACGCCCAAAUGGAGCAGCUCGACCGGGACAAGAACUUCGCCAAAUGCACGGACCAAAAGUGCGGUGCCUGUUACGAUUGCCUCAACGAGCUGCGCGAAGAUUGCACCAUCAACCGGGACCUGAAGGAUGGCAUCAACGUACUGUACGGAACAUGGGACGAGACGGAAGUGAGGAUACGCAACCGGAUCGAAAACCUGUCCACCUCCAUGAUGACUUGGAAACAGCUGGAGGACGGUUUGAGUGAUUUUAAAGACAUCCUCGAUCGUGACCGUGGGAAACUUCAGGGGAUUGAGGGGGCCCUGCAAAGCGGGGCCGGGAGAACCGACGAAAUGGUCAAUAGUGUCAAAGAAGUUGUCAAAGCUCUGUCCGAAAAGGCUGAGCCGCUUUUUCAGGAGCAUAAUAUACCCAUUCCGGUCGAUCUUAAGCUCUCGUCGAGUGGGUCUCUUUCUGAUAGUGGCAUUUCCGAUGGUGGUGGCAUGUCUGAUGGCAGUCUUUCUGAGCGAGAGAAGCGAUUGAGCGCACUGAAAAGGCUGGUCAAGCAGUUGGAGGUGGCGCUCGCUCCGGGAAGUGAAGCCAUGCAGACGAUUACCAAGCGGUUGGAAAUGGCCGAACAUGAUCUGCGCUCGCUCCAGAACACCUGCCGCAAGAUCAUCAUGAAUGAGAAGGGUGAUGGGACAGGUGGAAGUAGAAAUGGCGGAGAGGGAGACCACGAGGAAAGCAGUAACAAUAACGACGCCAGUGUUAAGAAUAAGAACAAAACUAAGGGCAGCAGAAAGAACCGGAACACUAGCCCGGCCAAAUUCGACCCGUCUAGGUCGCAAUCCCUGGACGAAACGGACUCGGAAGAACACCGACUGCAUGAAGAAGUGGAAACGCUAACGCAUCAACAGCAGUGUCAGGAUCGGUUACGGCAUACCACUACCGCCCAGUUGGGUCUGAUUCAGACAACAAAAAUGAAGCUGUCCCAGAACCGGUGGGUGUGGCGGAUCACCAAAAUCGCCGUACCGGUCCAACUGGCGCUGGUGUUGGUGAUGUGCGCGGCAUGCUUCUUUGAGCCGCACUGCUGCGAUGCGCUCAAUACGUACUCGAUGAGUUUCACGCCCCAGUUGCGCUACAUUAAGGGACCACCCCCGGUGUAAAUCCGGGCGUGUAUGCCAGAUUUUCCUUCGCUUCCGCGAGGGGAAAAUGAAGUGUGUUUGUUAUUGUUUUACGCGGAUAAUUUUUAUAUCCUGGAGAUAUAGAAUAAAUGUACAUUGCUUCCUAGCCUGUAAGAAGCCCACUUUUUAACCGCAAAACUAUUUAUAAAAAUCUACCGCAAUAACUUCCUUCUCGUAAUGUUAAAUAUUUCAAAAAUAUUUGUACUAUACCACGAAUGGUUUCUAAUCCUGAAGGAAGUAUAGAAACCGGAGUGCUCUUAGAAGAUAACAUUUCACUGUUUCUUAUUUCACUAGUUUUAAGAUUGGAUAAGUAUUAAAUAGAUGAGAAUGAACUUAAUUAUCAUAUGGGACCUGAAGUUGGAUGUCAACCUUCCCCAUAGAUUAGAAAAUGGUACUCGAUUGACAUUCAAGUUCAAGAGCUAUGCGCCAGCCAGCGUUUGAUGGAAAUAGCAACAAGGAGUGCCUUCAGCGUAAAGCUGAUCCGAUUACCAUUACCAUUCUAUCCUAUUGUUAGGAACGAAUCACCGUUUUUCAUAUUUGCAUUAAUAAACAACAGCCGCAGCAGAGUAGAUGUUCCUCCAAUAACCUCUAUUUGUAAGAAAGACACUUUUUCCCAUACCAAUUUCAGUUGCUCAAAUAAAGCAAACUUAAAACUGCCUUAUUUAUACGGAAUGGAAAUGAUAUGGCAAAACAUUGUACGUAAUUUAAACGUGGAAGUUUUUGUUUCUAACCAGUUGCAAUAUGUGUUUCGAUAAAAUUUGGAAAGCUGUCCUUAUUUUGUACAUUUUUGGGCGUUUCAUACUAUUUACUAACUUUUUGGAGGUCUGUCUUUAAGUUGUAUAUCACUAAUUUACAAAAAAUAUCUAUAUUUCAAUACAGUGAAAUUAUCUGAAGAAAUCUUCUAUUAUAUUUUUGGAGGGAUAAAAAUAUAAGGAGAACGCAUUUUUUAGCGUAUCCCUCCUAUAGGUGUACUACUAGUAGGUGAAGUAAAUAUGAAACAGAAAAAUAGUGAACAUAAUUGAAAAUAUAUGAAUAUAUUUUUAAUAAA